CUCCACUUCUCUCACCUCCUUCUCCUCAGGAAUCAGGUGCACCUGUGACCUCAAGCCAUGUCCUGCUGCAAGCCCUGUGACCCCUGUGGCCAGCCCUGUGGCCCCUGCCCGCUGGCCAGCAGCUGCAAUGAGUGCUGUGUCAGGCAGUGCCAGAGCUCCCACGUUGUCAUUGAGCCGCCUGCUGUGCUGGUGACCCUGCCUGGCCCCAUCCUCAGCUCCUCCCCACAGAACACCGCCGUGGGAUCCUCCACCUCUGCUGCUGUUGGCAACAUCCUCGGCUGUGGCGGAGUGCCCAUCAGCUCUGGGGGCUUUGACAUCUCCUGCAUCACCAACUGCUUUGGUGGCAGCAGAUGCCGUCCCUGCUAAAGCUCCUGGAUAUAUCCCCCGGCAGGAAUGCUUAGGACAUCAUAAAAUGGGAUUGUGCAGGAAAUUGAGCUACGGAAAGUUUGUUUAGAGCUUUGGACCAUCACUUCACCGUUCUAUUCUCCUCUCCUUUUCUGUCCCUCAUCCCCCAAGGCACCCCAAUGUGGACCUGCCAUCCUUCCUUCCUCUGCAGAGCAAUGCAAAGAACACCAAAUGGGAGCUCCAUCUUAGUGGCUGCUCCUGGUGCUCUCUGUGAGCCAUCUGCUUUUCUUCUUUAAACUUAUUAAAAUUGUGUUGCAUUUAA